CGGCGCCCUCGCUAGCUGUUACGCUGCCUCCUUCCUUGAGCGUUUCUAGCCUGCAGAGGAUUCGACCGUGGGGGGCCGAUAGGCAACCAGCCAACCAACCAACUGAAGACGUUGUGAAAUCGUAUCUGUACUUCGAAACUGCGAGGAUGUCCUCCGCCGAGAGCCCCGAGUAUUCCCCGUUCUUCGCUGUGAUGGGAGCCUCCGCGGCCAUGGUCUUCAGCGCAUUAGGUGCAGCGUAUGGAACAGCGAAGAGUGGCACAGGCAUCGCUGCCAUGUCUGUGAUGCGGCCAGAGCUUAUCAUGAAGUCCAUCAUCCCCGUGGUCAUGGCCGGUAUCAUCGCCAUUUACGGACUGGUGGUGGCUGUGCUGAUAGCCAACAACAUUUCUGAAGGUCUCCCCUUAUACAAGAGUUUUCUGCACCUCGGCGCUGGUCUGAGUGUGGGCCUGAGUGGUCUUGCAGCCGGUUUUGCCAUUGGCAUCGUCGGCGACGCUGGUGUGAGAGGAACAGCUCAGCAGCCCAGGCUUUUUGUGGGCAUGAUCCUUAUCCUGAUUUUUGCUGAAGUUUUGGGGCUUUAUGGUCUCAUUGUGGCUCUUAUCCUGUCCACAAAAUAAGUAUCUUGCAUUAACACAACCGCAUUCAUUCCACAUCAAAGCAGCAAGAACAAAUAGGAGACUUUCACCCGAUUCCAUAACGCCCUGUGGGUCUGACAGGACGGGAUGGCAGUCAGUGUUAUGUUUGUCGUCAACUUGAUGACCCCGUAUUCACCAAGUGUGGUCUCUGCAUAUUGCUUAAAGCCAUCCAGUUGUGUCAGGUCUUCAGCGUGCAUCGAGGGUGAGGAGAUGCGUUGGUUGUUUUGGAACGUGUAGAUAGUCUCCCUGAUACUUGUCUGAUCUUUAACCUGUACAGUGGUCCAGAGUACCUUCCCCCUGUAAAUGUAGUAACCCGUCUGUGCUGUGAGUGUGAGUAUCAAGGUUUACCCCUCCUGCCCUUUGCCCUCUUUUUGUCAGUUGGUUUUGGUUAUCAUUCAGUGUCUAUAAAGAACUGACUGUUGAAUGAGUCAUGCACAUUUUUUUUUUAAAUUCAUGUUCCUUUUUUUCUGGGGGGGGGGACCAUUUUCAAAUCCAUGGUGAGGAACUGGCAAGACAUAGCUAUUAUUUUUUUCUUAUUUUUUUUCACUAUUUAUGAAAACUGAAAAUUUUGAAAUGUUAAUGAAACUGUUUAAAUGGAAAAAAAAUGUUUAUUGAAUACCCUAUAUACAUAUACAUAUACAUAAAUAAAUUAUCUGUGUAUAGCUAGAACUGCACUGUGGGUAAUUGUUCUAAGUGCUUGGAAUUCCUCUCUGGAUGUCACGUGGUUAUUAAAGGAAAGAUGUCCAGAUGUUGACAUAAAGUUAACUGCAUUCGUGUGUGCCGUGUGUGAGUACGAGUGUGUGUUCGUUCGUGACCUGAGAGUGUAAUGUGUGCAAGUGGACGUGUGUAAUAUGACAUUCUUAAACACUAGUACCGUUUACCUGUAGUGCUGCUGUCUUGGUUUUGUUUAAGGUGAGAACUCAGUUGUUCAGUCAUGCCUGUCAGAUUUCCAAAUAAAUUUCAACCUCCUCUUGA